UCCUAUACGUUUCGAUCUCUCGCUCUCUAUUCUACUCUGGUUGGAGUUGGAGAGAACCGGAGAGCGGCAUUCUUUAGGCGUGCAAAUGCAGCAAAAUCUCGUCUUCUUCUUCUUCCCUGGAGUUCCCGGUACAGAAUUAGAUUGGUUAUUUUUUUCUUGGAAUUUAUUGAUCGAGAUUAAUGCCGACUCCGUAUCUGGAGUUAAUACUCGGGGGGUUGGGUGGGUGGCUGAUAAGUCUUUGCCUGUCCUGAACCGCUCUGCAUAAUUUUUCCUGCUUUAUUUCUUCUUACAAAACGCUUGUGCGUUAGUGGUGGCAAUAAUAACACAAGGACGCGGUCUAGAAGAGUCUCUUCAGUUUUUUUGUCUCCACUGUAUUCGGAUUGGAGCUCUUGUGCUGUUACUUCAGUUAUCUUGCUUAGUCUAGGUGAGGAGAAGAAUCAAGAGAUGACAUUUUUGUCUUGUUUAGUCUAGGUGAGGAAAAAGAUUGCGUUUUUUAGUUUCAUAUAUGCUAGUUUUGGAUUAAGUAGGAAGAUGCCCGAGCAACUCUUUUUGCUUCCUAAUCUGCCAUGAGUUGUGUGAUUGAUCUGUUAGCUUAGCAUUGGUUCAUUGUCGACGUAGACCUCGUUGGCCCAUCCAAUCCUUGCCUUGUCAAGAAGAUACCCACGCAGAUUGCGUUCCUGUAGGCCUCCCCCAAGAAACAGACAGAAAUCCCGGGAGAAGGACCUCUCGGAGCUCAGAUUAGAGCACUGAUGACCACUUGCCCCUUACAUUAACUUGUGGUAGCAUCGCUGGAUUAUUAGGAGAAGGUCACACUCAUUCACACCACAAAUACUACACAAUGGGGGUGGGGGGAAGGAAAAGAGCAGAAAAAUUCCAACUUUUGUUUCUCCUGGAUCAGGGCACGGUACAGAAUUACUGACGUAGUAGCAGGCAAUUUUCAUGGCCCUGCUUUGCUCCAGUAGCUGCCUUAAAGUCGGGAGACGGAGACCACAUGCAUCUGUCCGUGGUUUCACAUGGUUUGCUACUUGCUCCUCUGCACACUUCACCGGCUUCACAUUUCCAUUUCCAUUACAUCCAUGGAUUUGUAGAUCAGUGGAUGUGACUCGGAGAGCUGGGUCUUAUGUACUACACAGGAUAGGUUCUUGGCCGAGCAAUGGAUCUUGAGUUUGGGAGAGGCAUGAGAUCCCCACAGAGGGACUCAUGGAAGACAACCUUGCUCCUGGCGUACCAGAGCUUGGGGGUGGUUUAUGGAGACUUGAGCAUAUCUCCUCUCUACGUGUUCAAGAGCACUUUUGCUGAGGACAUCCAGCACUCCGAGACGAACGAGGAGAUCUUUGGUGUGCUCUCUUUCGUGUUCUGGACACUCACCUUGAUCCCUCUAAUCAAGUAUGUCUCCAUUGUCCUACGAGCUGACGACAAUGGCGAGGGAGGAACUUUUGCUCUGUACUCGCUAAUUUGCCGGCAUGCCAAUGUGAGCCUUCUUCCUAAUAGGCAAAUUGCUGAUGAGGAGCUUUCCACUUACAAAUUGGAAUGCUCUUCUGAGAGAACCGAUAAGUCCUGCAUCAAGGUCUGGCUUGAGAAGCACAAGAAGCUGCAUACCGCCCUGCUGAUCAUGGUUUUGAUUGGUACAUGCAUGGUGAUUGGGGACGGUGUUCUCACGCCAGCUAUAUCCGUGUUCUCGGCAGUUUCAGGUCUUGAAUUCUCCUUGUCCAAAGACCACCGUGAAUAUGCUGUUAUUCCGAUUACCUGCGUCAUAUUAGCAUUCCUGUUUGCUCUGCAGCAUUACGGUACUCAUCGGGUUGGAUUUCUCUUUGCCCCGAUAGUUCUAGCCUGGCUAAUCUGUAUGAGUGCUCUUGGACUUUAUAAUAUUAUACAUUGGAAUCCUCAUGUCUACCAAGCUCUAAAUCCCUGUUACAUGUUCAAGUUCUUAAAAAAGACAAGAAAAUAUGGUUGGAUGUCACUUGGUGGGAUUUUACUCUGCAUGACAGGAUCGGAAGCAAUGUUUGCUGAUCUUGGACACUUCUCAUAUAGUGCGAUCCAGCUUGCUUUCACUUCUUUAGUGUACCCCGCUCUCAUUCUGGCAUACAUGGGUCAAGCGGCUUACUUAUCAAAGCAUCAUGACUUUUACUCGAACUCCCAAGUUGGAUUUUACAUCGCAGUUCCAGAUAAGGUGAGAUGGCCUGUGCUUGUACUGGCGAUUUUAGCUUCAGUGGUCGGAAGCCAAGCGAUCAUCAGCGGAACAUUCUCAAUCAUCAACCAGAGCCAGUCCUUAAGUUGUUUCCCUCGAGUGAAAGUCGUACACACGUCUGAUAAAAUUCAUGGCCAAAUAUAUAUCCCUGAGAUUAAUUGGUUGCUCAUGAUCCUCUGCAUUGCUGUGACUGUUGGAUUUAGAGACACAAAGCACAUGGGGAACGCCUCUGGGUUGGCUGUGAUCACAGUGAUGCUGGUGACCACCUGCCUGACGUCCCUGGUGAUCAUGCUGUGCUGGCGCAGGCCGCCGGUGCUGGCGCUGUGCUUCCUCCUCUUCUUCGGCUCCGUGGAGGCGCUCUACUUCUCGGCGUCGCUCAUCAAGUUCCUGGAGGGCGCGUGGCUGCCCAUCCUGCUGGCGCUCUUCCUCAUGGCCGUCAUGCUGGUGUGGCACUACACCACCAUCAAGAAGUACGAGUUCGACCUGCACAACAAGGUCACCCUGGAGUGGCUGCUCGCCCUCGGCGACAAGCUCGGCAUGGUGCGCGUCCCCGGCAUCGGCCUCGUCUACACCGACCUCACCUCCGGCGUGCCGGCCAACUUCUCCCGCUUCGUCACCAACCUCCCGGCGUUCCACCAGGUGCUGGUGUUCGUCUGCGUCAAGUCGGUGCCGGUGCCGUACGUGUUCCCCGCCGAGCGCUACCUCAUCGGCCGCGUCGGCCCGCCGGGCCACCGCUCCUACCGGUGCAUCGUGCGCUACGGCUACCGCGACGUGCACCAGGACGUGGACUCGUUCGAGACGGAGCUCGUCGAGAGCCUCGCCACCUUCAUCAAGCUCGACGCCUCGUACCGGUGCAGCGACGCGAGCGGCGGCGGCGGCGAUCACGAACCGGAGGAGGAGCGGGGGACGCGGCUCGCCGUGAUCGGGAGCAGCCACGCCAGCUACGACAUCCAGGACAGCGUCCAGCACUCGUCGGCGGCGUCCGUGGAGACGACGACGACGCGCCGACGAAGCGGCGGCGGCGACGACGACGGGAGCCCCGGCGGCGGCGGCGGGCGGGCGAAGCAGGUGCGGUUCUUCAUCGACAGCCACGUGGCGAGCCCGGAGGCGGCGGACAACAAGCAGGUGGCGGAGGAGCUGGAGGCGCUGGCGGCGGCGAGGGACGCCGGCACGGCCUUCAUCCUGGGCCACUCCCACGUGCAGUGCAAGCCCGGGUCGUCGCUGCUCAAGAGGCUCGCCGUCGACGUCGGCUACAACUUCCUCCGCCGCAACUGCCGCGGCCCCGACGUCGCCCUCCGCGUCCCGCCGGCGUCGCUGCUCGAGGUCGGCAUGGUCUACGUGCUAUGA